AUGGAUGAUUUGGAGCGGCUUGAGCAUUUAUCCUUGGUGUCUAAGAUCGUCACAGAACUGGAAAAUCACUUCGACAUCAACGACAAAGAAGUUGCAGAGUUUGUUAUUAGCCUUGCAAAGGAGAAUCCGACUUUUGACAAGUUCAAAAACGCUUUGAUUCAGUUUGAAUUAGAUCAAGUAAGUGCAGUUAACGAUUGCUGUUGUUCUUUAGGUAUCAUAGUGGUUUUCUUGGCAUUGUUUGUUUGCUUCAUUUCUGAAAAUAUGCUUUUAGUUUGAUGACAACUUAAUACAACAUCUGUUGCGUCUAGUUGUCACGAUGGAGCCGAAGAAAGUUACGAAGAAGAAGAGGACGCCUUCUCCCGAGGUUGAACAUAAAGAAGACGGGGACCACUUCAUAAAAACGAUAGCUGAUGAAAAGGAAGUUCUUAAAAAGAAGCUUCCUGCCCUUGCGAUGCCAAAUGAACCUCAACCCACUUCUGAGAGUCUCUUAGGAGAGUUAGAGCAGCUUUAUCAGAAGGACCUACAAGCCAAACAGAGGAAUCGAAGUAGAUCUAGAAGUCCGCACGGCAGAAAGAGAAGGUCAAGGAGUAGAGACAGAGAUAGAAGACGUCGGUCACGAUCUCCAGAUGGAAGUAGGAGGAGAAGAUCACGGUCGAGGGAUCGAGGACGAUCAGAUCGAGAUAGGGAUGGAAGAAGGAGAAGAUCUAGAAGUCCAAGAGAUAGAAAACCUCAGUUGUUGGAUGAAGUUGAAGUUGGAAAGAUAUACGAAGGACGAGUGAACAAUAUUCAGUCUUUUGGAGCGUUUAUUGUGGUAUGUUUUAUUAAUAAUUCCUAUCAUUGUUUAUGAUUUUAGAUGUUAAACAUUUUUUUUUAGUUGGAUGGAUUCAGAAAGAAGACAGAAGGUCUUUGCCACAUUUCUCAGCUUAGAAAUGGUGCAAGGGUCAAAGAAGUAACUGAGGUUGUAAAUCGAGGGGACCGAGUGAAAGUCAAGGUCUUGAAGACAGGGGAUAAAAUCAGUCUAUCCUUGAAAGAAGUGGAUCAAAGAACAGGUGAAGAUCUCAAUCCAGUGGAUGCCCCACUCUCUGAAGAUGCCAUUGGAGUUGCUGACAGACGUCCUGAUGCCCCAUGGAUGAAUCCUGAGAGAGAAACAGCAGAACAAACGAGCGUGGCUGCUCCUGGAACUUCAAGUAGAUCAAGAGUACGGUUAUCAACACCGGAACGAUGGGAAUUACAACAGAUGAAGGGAGGAGGAGCAAUCUCUUUGAUGGAUUAUCCAGAUUUUGAUGAGGAAAAGGGAAUUUUGAAUAAUCCGGAUGAAUCUGAUGGCGAAGAUCUGGAAAUCGAAUUAGUGGAAGAUGAACCUGCUUUUCUGAAGGGUUAUGGAAAACAUGUUCAGGAGAUUGAGGCUGUUAAAGUAAGUGUGAUUUGGGUUUCAUAUUGUUUUAGGUGGUGAAAAAUCCAGAUGGAAGUUUGGCACAAGCCGCCUUGAUGCAAUCGGCCUUAUCCAAGGAACGAAGAGAUAUGAAAACUCAACAACAAAGAGAAAAGGAAGGUCAGAAACCCCGGGGAGGAGUGUCUGGAAACAAAAUAUUGGAUCCAAUGGCUCCGAAUGAGACUAGAUACGAAGAAGAUGAGCCAGCACCUCCAUCUAGGGGUCGAGAAAUGCCCGAAUGGAUGAAACAUGUUACUGCUGGAGGCACAGCGACUUAUGGAAAGAGGACUAGUCUGACCAUGAAAGAACAAAGGGAGUCCUUGCCUAUCUUCCAACUGAAGACAGCUCUUCUUCAAGCCAUUCAUGACAAUCAAAUCUUGGUUGUGAUUGGGGAAACUGGGUCUGGAAAGACAACUCAGAUGACGCAGUAUCUGGUUGAGGCUGGAUAUGCAUCUAGAGGAAGGAUAGGAUGUACCCAGCCGCGAAGAGUGGCCGCGAUGAGUGUGGCCAAGAGAGUCAGCGAAGAGUUUGGAGUAAGAUUGGGCCAAGAAGUAGGAUAUACAAUUCGUUUUGAAGAUUGCACAUGGUAGGUUGAUCGUUUUUGUAUAUUAUAAUACUUGUGUGAAAAAGGAAAACCCCCAUGCUUUAGUUCUGAUACGAUAAUCAAAUACAUGACAGAUGGUAUGUUGCUCAGAGAAUGUCUCCUCGACCCCGAUCUCAUGUCAUAUUCAUGUAUUAUGUUGGAUGAGGCUCACGAACGCACCAUCCACACCGACGUUCUCUUUGGUUUACUAAAAGCUGCUGUCAAAAAGAGACCCGAACUCAAAUUGAUCGUAACUAGUGCUACGUUGGAGAUGGAGAAGUUCUCGGAAUAUUUCUUUGGAGCCCCUACAUUUACUAUUCCUGGCCGAACAUUCCCGGUAGAGAUUCUGUACACAAAAGAACCCGAGACGGACUAUUUGGAUGCGGCCUUGAUUACUGUAAUGCAGAUCCAUCUAACCGAACCUCCAGGAGACAUAUUGGUCUUCUUAACUGGUCAAGAAGAGAUCGACACUGCAUGCGAGAUCUUGUUUGAGAGAAUGAAGAAGUUGGGGAGUGAAGUUCCGGAUCUCAUUAUCCUCCCUGUUUAUGGUAAGUCACGAAAAAGAUCAGCUGAUUCGUUUAGGUGCCCUCCCAAGUGAAAUGCAAACCCGAAUCUUCGAGCCGGCCCCACCCGGCUCAAGGAAAGUGGUAAUCGCUACAAAUAUUGCGGAGACAUCACUGACAAUCGAUGGAAUUUAUUAUGUUGUAGACCCGGGAUUUGUAAAACAGAAGAUUUACAAUCCGAAAUCGGGCAUGGACUCUCUGGUGGUGACCCCCAUCUCCCAGGCAGCUGCCAAACAAAGAUGCGGACGGGCUGGAAGAACGGGACCAGGGAAAUGUUAUCGACUCUACACGGAACGAGCAUUCAGAGAUGAAAUGUUACCAUCCCCUAUCCCCGAGAUCCAGAGAACUAACUUGGCCUCGACUCUACUUCAACUCAAAGCCAUGGGAAUCAAUAAUCUCCUCGAAUUCGAUUUCAUGGAUGCCCCUCCAGCAGAAGCCAUGAUCACAGCACUCGCCCAACUCUAUGAUCUCUCAGCUCUGGAUGAUGAUGGUCUGCUGACGAAACUAGGCAGAAGAAUGGCCGAGUUCCCAUUGGAACCCUCUCUAUCCAAACUUUUGAUCAUGUCAGUGGAUUUGUCAUGCUCGGAUGAAGUGCUGACAAUUGUGUCGAUGCUCUCUGUCCAAAAUGUUUUUUAUCGACCAAAGGAGAAACAAGAAUUGGCCGAUGAGAAGAAAUCCAAAUUCCAUCAGCCAGAAGGAGAUCAUUGCACCUUGCUGGCUGUAUAUAACUCCUGGAAACAUCAUCACUUUAGUCAGUCAUGGUGUUUCGAGAGUUUUAUUCAAGUCCGGACUUUGAAAAGAGCACAGGUAGGAUGUAGCUUUCAGAAUAUUUCAUGGCAAAGGACCAAUUUGCAACCAAUUCUUUUCAGGAUGUGAGAAAACAGUUGUUGACCAUCAUGGAUCGACACAAACUUAAUAUCAUUAGUUGUGGAAGGGAUGUUCAACGAGUCCAGAAGGCCAUUUGCUCGGGAUUCUUCAGAAACGCCGCCAAAAGAGAUCCCCAAGAAGGAUACAGGACGUUGGUGGAUGGGCAGACGGUUUAUAUCCACCCAUCCUCCUCUCUCUUCCAAAAUCAACCGGAAUGGGUAGUUUAUCACGAACUGGUGAUGACUACCAAGGAGUAUAUGCGAGAAGUCACAUUGAUCGACCCCAGAUGGCUUAUCGAAUUCGCCCCAUCCUUCUUCAAAUUCGCUGACAACACAAAACUCUCGGCCUACAAGAAGAACCAAAGAAUCGACCCUCUCCACAACAAAUACGAAGACCCCAAUGCCUGGAGGUUAUCCCGUCUCAAGAAGAAGAUCUACAAUCCAAAUCGUUAA